AUGCCACGUCGUCGGUCUCUUUUCGGCUCUACUAUUCGAUCUAAACUUUCUAAAACACUCGUUCAUUCUCGUUCAAGCUCAACAUCGAAUAAAGAAAAUGCACCACCGUCAUCUUGUUUUUCUGCACUCUCGUCUAACCAAACUGGACCACUUAUAACCCCGAAAACCUGUCGUUUGCCACUGUGUUCACUUCAAAUUACUCCUUCUUCACAACAACUAACUACGUGCUCUCAAUCCUACACACCAAGUUCCGCUUACAAAAUUCGAAAUCAUGUUGGGCCUUCAUUCAAACGACUUCGACAAUAUGAAGAACAAGAACAGCAUCAGUCGAACAAACCUGAAGCAACUUCUACGACAAAAGAUUCUUUAGACUUUUAUCAAAUUAUCCAUAAUGAUUUCUUAUUACAACUGAUGAGAAAUACAACAUGUACUAGUUGUAGUGAUGCAUGGAAUGGAGCCAUGUCAAUAAGAAAAAGAGAAGGUACAUAA